AUGGACCCUAAGGCUCAUCUCCUCCGCCAACUGGCCCUGGUUACUCCACCUCAAGCCUCGGGGCCUGACGAAGACUUUUCCUCCUCCCGGGUCACGGUGUCUGCGAGGUCCUCUUGCUCCACCGAGGCCGGUCUAGCCGUGUUUCACACUUUUCACCGUCUGCCAGGACCUGGCCUCCGGGAGUUGAACCACAGGUCCACAAGCCCUGGUGGGCCGCAGGCUACCUCCUCCAACCUGCUGGUCCCUGUGCCCAGCCUUGACAGCUCCGGCCCCCAUGUCCCACGCCCAGGCACAAGCAAGGGCACAAGGACCCAUGGAUGGAAGGAUGCCUUCCAGUGGAUGUCUGCUCGUGUCUCCCCAAACACCCUGUGGGAUGCCUUAUCGUGGGGCACUCUGACUGUACUGGCUCUGCAGCUGGCAAGGCAGACCCACUUCCAGGCAUCCCUGCCAGGAGCGCCGUGGCGAGCAGAGCCCUGCUCUUGGCGCAGUCCCCUGGACCAUUUCCUCUCAUCUCCCUUGUGGCACCCGCACUGCUCACUGCGGAGGCACAUUCUCCCUAGUCCUGAGGGCCCAGCCCCCAGGCACACUGGCCUCAGGGAACACAGGCUGGGCCAGGAAGGACCCUCCGCUCAGCCCAGGAGUCUCUCCUCACACAGCUCCACUCAGCCCAGGAGUCUCCCCUCACACAGCUCCUGGAGGGCAGCCGGUGUUCAGGACUCCUCUGAGGAAGAUGCCAGUGAUAUUGGCUUCCUGCAUGCCAGCAGUAGCUCUGAGUCGAAGGCAAGGCUAGCCCAGCCUCAGACAACUGGGGAAAAGCAGGAACAAGAUAAAUCAAAAACUCUUUCCCUUGAGGAGGCAGCGACUUCCGUUCAGCAGCUCUUUCAGCUCAGUGUUUCCAUCGCUUUCAACUUCCUGGGGACAGAGAAUAUGAGGAAUGGGGACUACCCAACAGCCUUUUCUUACUUCCAAAAAGCUGCAGACUGUGGCUACAGCAAAGCACAGUACAACAUAGGCUUGUGUCACGAGCAUGGCAGAGGCACCCCCCAAGACCUCAGCAAGGCGGUCCUUUAUUACCAGCUGGCUGCCAGCCAGGGCCACAGCCUGGCUCAAUAUCGCUAUGCCAGGUGCCUACUGCAAGACCCCGCCUCCUCGGGGGAACCUGAGCGGCAGAGGGCCAUGUCCAUGCUGAAGCAAGCUGCAGACUCAGGCUUGAAAGAGGCCCAAGCUUUCCUCGGGGUGCUUUUCACCAAGGAGCCAUACCUGGAUGAGCAGAGAGCUGUGAAAUACUUCUGCCUUGCAGCCAACAAUGGGGACUCACAGAGCAGGUACCACUUGGGAAUUUGCUAUGAGAAGGGCCUUGGUGUGCAGAGAAAUCUGGGAGAGGCCGUGAGAUGUUACCAGCAGUCAGCGGCUCUGGGGAACGAGCCCGCCCAGGAGAGGCUGCAGACCCUUUUCUUCAUGGAGGCAGCAGCCCUUGGGCCCAGCAACCUGGCAGUUACAGGACUCAAGUCCUUCUCCAGCCCCGCUCUCUGCAGUCUGAACACCCUGCUGGCGGGAGCUUUGCGCCUCCCACACGCCUGGAGCACAGGGAACCUUGGGCUUCUCUGCAGAAGUGGGCAUCUCAGACCCAACCCCCGUGCCAACAGCAGUGCUAUCCCGCCACAUCCCCACUCCUUGGAAAGGAGUCUUGUAAGACUGGGUUUUGGCUAAGGUGAGACAAAACACAGUCAUUGGUACCUCUCAGGCCAGGGGUGCCAGGAGGUUGGAUGGCAACAAAAAUAGGGUGUUAGGAAUCCUUUCCAGGGUGGUAAUUCCAGUGGGAGCUUAGGAACCCGGGCAAUUUCAAGUUCAUGUCUAAUAAAUGACUUUGACCUUUUCCCCCAGACGGUAGCCUCACAGAUGAGCAGUAGAUGCACUCAUAGUCAUUUCUGAUCUGUUACAAAAAAGAUUCUUUCACUGACCUAUGAACAACUCUAUUGAAGGGUCUAGAGACCCUGAGCCUGGCCUUCGCCUUUGUCUUUGAGCAAAUGAUUUAUCUGCUUCAUUCUGUGCCUCAGUUUCCUUAGGCUUAGACUGUAUUCCUCUGAUGUGUUCGCAAGAAGAUUUUAGGUGGUACACAAUAUUUUAUAUUUUUGUAGUUACAUGUUUAAUUUAUGAUAUAAAAAGAUGACCAGUGUAUUGAUUUGUAGUUUCGUAGAUAUUAUGUCUAAGACGAGGCUAACUUAAAAACAAGUGAACCAAUUCAAAAAACAAACAAAAAAAAAAACAUUGCAUGAAGGGGAGCAUAGAUCCAGAGAUGUGGCAAAAAUCAUGAGGGUCGUUCCAUGAAUGGCUAAAACUUAGGAAACACUGAGUCAGGUCAUGCCCGAGACUGGCUCCAACAUUUGCCUUUGUUUAUCCCCAGUGGGUUCAUAGUCGUUUUCACUUCCCCAUUGAUUUGGAAGGCAUUUCUUACCUAAAUGCCUAGAUGCGUUUGCUUGGAUUUUUCAGACCUUCACGCUUCAGCCCUGAAGAUGGAGCCUGUGGGUGCUCAGAGAGAUGGUAUGACCUUGGGUCCCACGGAAGAGGCCAAUUAUCCACCCACCU